CCCAGAUGUCGGUACCGUUCCCGCGCUCUCACGCCCUCCAGUCGGCCUCCUGCAUUCCGCCAUUAUGAGCGACGGCCAAGGUCGUGACCUCUGACCCCCAGGUGGCAACCCCCAUCGCUCAAGUUCAGAUCGGAACAUCGGCUACACAGGGGCUGUAAUUGAUGGCGGACUGGUGGUUCGGACAGUACACCUCGGCGCUGGUGUGCCGCGUUCCCGAGUCCACGGCCUCCCAGCCCUCCUCCAACGGGUCCACCAAGGGGCACGUCAACGUGGAGCAGGCCCGGGGCGAGUGGGAGAAGUUCACCGGGACGCUGCGGCGCCUUGGGGCGGGCGUGCUCGAGCUGUCGCCCGAGGAGGAGUGUCCGCAGGGCCCGUUCGUGUCGGACUGCGCCGUGGUGUGCGAGGGGACGGCCCUGGUCACACGGCCCGGAGGCGACAGGAGGAAAGAGGUUGAGGUGAUCCGUAAGGUGCUAGAGCAGGACCUGAAGCUCGAUAUUGUACAGAUGUUGGACGACAACGCGACGUUACACGGGCAGGACGUCCUGUUUACUGGAAAGGAGUUCUUUGUUGGCCUGACGUGGAGAUGGAACUGA